GCCUAUUGAGCAUGAGAGGGCGUCCGUCAGUUGCAGAAUGAACCGCUGUUUAUGAGAAAUGCUCUCCGUUUAUUUGUUAAUUUGUUGGCUCUGGUGGAGCUGUGUCUACUCAUCUGAGCCAGGACAUGAGGAUUGUGGGACAACUGUGAACCUUACCAGUGUCAAUAACACCAUCAUCUAUGUGAAUGCCUCCCUGGAUACAGUAUGCUUCGAAUGUGACUACACACACUUUUUGGGUCUUAUUCGUGAGGUGGUGUUCGGGGUGAAUGACACAAAUGUUACUGCCAACAGCACCCUGGGAAGAGUGGUGAAUAAUUAUCCACAUGAUUAUACAGAUACACUGGUAGUGAAUGGCAGUGGCAAUGUGUUCAGUACAUUCUGGGAUACAAACAUACAAUGCUGUGAGAAACGUUUAUGCAAUGUGACUUAUUUCAUGGCAAAAGUGGGAGCUUUGCUCUUUAAAGUUUUCAACCCUCCAUCCAUUAUGGGGGAAACAGAGGUUAUUGAAGGCAAUACGUUACAUCUAUUGUGUGAUGGGUCAAAUUCAGACCCUCAACCAAAUUUACAAUGGAUCUCUCCUGAUGGGAAGAUGGUCAGUGAGAGUGGGGAACUUGAUAUAGUGACUACCACCAGGAACAUUACUGGGAUAUACACCUGUGUAGCUACUCUCCCUCGCUCCACCACUACUAUGAACACCACUGUGGAUAUUAAGAUAAUUUUGCCAAUUGACUGUCCAACACUAAAUUCUACGGAUACCAUGAUGGUCAACAUGAGCUCCACUGCAGUGGGCAGUACUGCUACCUAUCAGUGUAGAGAUGGUCCCACUGAUGUGUACACUACUCAGUGUACCAGUACUGGAGUAUGGGACCCUCACCCUCUCUCUACUCUGGACUGUGAAACAGGGGUGAAAGACAACGGUGCAAGGAUGUCAGUACCAGUGGAGGUCAUUGUACCAGUUACUGUUGCUGUCGUUUGCAUUGCUGGCAUUUUGAUAGUGGCGACUGUAAUAGCAGUGGUGUGUGUGUUGAGAAGGAGACAAACAAAUACGAAAAAGAAGAAACAAAACAGAGCACUAGGAGAGCAUGUAAUUACCUUUGCCCACUACUCUUCCUGUAAUGAUAAUGAGGAGGGUAACCCUGACCCGACGAGCACUACAUUCACUGACCAUGAGGCAGCGCUGAAUGAACUGUACUCAAUACCAAGAUCAGUACUAGCGACUGCAGAGACCAUUAAUGUGUCCACUGUGGCCAGUACCGAACCGGAACAGACAAAAGAAGACCAAUCCACAGUGGUACAGCCAGGUGGAGUGGUCCGGGAGCAGGAAAAUAAGAAAACAGUGCAAAAUCCAGCAUAUGGAGAGGUGCGGAUGACAGCAGGGCAGCUCAGUGGAGGGAUUUCUGUGGUCCAGACAAGAUAUGAGCCAGACACUGCAGACAACCCCCCAGUAACCCACAGGAGACUUGUUCAAGAAGAUGAUGGAGGGAUAUUUGACAUAUUCUGUGAGCCAACACAUGCCUCUCUGGACUACAAUGCUGUAGUGACUCCACCACCACCUGACACCUUUGUGUGUCUGGACCAGAUCCUCAUUCAGUUGAGAGAAGUCACUCCUCACUGGAGGAAACUGGGAGAGGCAGUUGGUGUACACAGGCUGGACGAAAUAUCUGAAUAUGUGGAUAGUGAGAGUGAGGCAAUGGUGGAGGUGGUGGAUGGAUGGCUAGCCAACCUCCACCCCAACAAGCCCACGUGGAGGGAGAUAGCUGAUGUGGUGGACAGCAUUGGUCAUCAUGACCUGGCUCACUCCCUCAGACAGGUCUACAUCUCAGUAGACUGUCCACAUGGGUGCGGGGAGAAGGGCAUCAAACGCAAAGACUUGAAGAUUCACAGGUGUUCCCUUCAGCCUGCCGACUGUCCGUUCGCCCACGUGGGCUGUGUUGUUAAGACGUCACAGAGAGAGAUGGAUGCCCACUGCCGUGAUAACAUGCAGGAUCAUCUACUGAUGAUGGCCAGAUCUCUUCAAGAACUGUCCGACAAGAACAAAGAUCUGGUGCAAAAGAACGAAGAGCUCACCAGGAAAAACGAAGAUCUCACCAGUAAGAACGAGGCACUCUCUUGCAAGGUUGAAGAUAUAGACAAGCAGAUGCUUCGAAAGUAUGAAACUCUUGGUGGUGAAAUUGACCACUUGGAUGAAAGGUUUAGUCGUCGAUAUGAGGACCUGGAACAGAGGAUUGGUGGACUUCAACUUGCUCAUGGCUCCAACCCUGGAGAUGCGUGCAUCAGCUGCGUUUUCAACAACUCGUUGGCUACAGAUGCAGUCUUUAACGACAUAGAAAUGUACCCCGGCAGCGUCCAAAUGGAAGGAGGAGUCCUGACGGUGUAUGACACGGAGGAGACAUUUGGUGGUGCAGAAUCUGGCAGUGGGAGCACAAGCACUGCCUUUUCUUUGAGCUGCAGUAAUGGCAUCGACAAUGUCACUGCAGCAGUGUAUGUUGAGAGUUUUGAGCCACCAGUGAUUACAGGAGAGACAACAAUAGUUGAAGGCGAUGAUCUCCUCCUGCAAUGCAAUGCACCCAUCUCUAUCAUUUCCCCAUUUCUCAUGUGGUUGGACUCAGCUGGACAAGUGAUCACACAGACUGCAGACCUCGUAAUUACUAAUUUCACCAGGGACAUGGCAGGAAUAUACACCUGUGUGGCUACUUAUACUAUCACAACCAGUUUUAUAAUUAACGCUACUGCCUCUGUCAUGGUGCAAAUUUCAGAUCUACCAGUAAUCAGUGGAGAGAAUACUAUCACGGAGGGUGGUACACUGAAUCUGGUUUGCAGAGGAGCCAACAGCUAUGCCGACCCGCAGCCAACUCUCCAGUGGUUCUCUCCUACUGGAGCAGAGCUCAGUACCAUUGGGAGCCUAGAGAUUGUGAAUGUCACCAGAGACAUGAUGGGAGCGUUCACCUGCGUGGCCACCGAUCCCACCACCAGUGCUACAACCAACAGCACUGUCAUCGUCAUUAUCCAGUCAUGUAACUUUUACGAAAUAUUGAAGUUAUAUCCUCCUGUGGUGGUUGUUAUCAGUGAGGGAGGUACACUGGUGGUUGUCUCAGAGGGUAAAACCCUGCAAUUGACCUGUUCAAUUGUGGGGAAUCCCUCACCAAACUACGUCUAUUGGACCAGAGGCGGCAUUCAACUGAGUAACUCGUCAGAUCAUCGAGUGACUGUGGAGACGUACAGUACUUCUAGUACCACUCUGACUAUAGUUGGUGUCCGUGGGUCAGAGGGAGGUGAGUACACCUGCUCUGCAGACAGUGAUGUGGGGAACGGCAGUGAAACUACAAGUGUCACAGUCCAAGCUCGACAACCAAUUUUGUUUGAAGCAAUUCAGGUACCAAAUGGUACUACUGGAGGAUGUCCAGAUACGACUCAAACGAGGGCCACAAUAUACUCAGAACUUCGCAUGUGUACUGCAAUAUUAUGUGUUACAAACUGUACAUCUGACAACUAUGUGGCUAAAAACAGAGUCACAACAGUGGUAAAUGUAGACCACAGAAGUUUUUGGUUUGUGCAUGACAAGGACAUUAUUAUGACGUGUAUACUUUUAGCUGUUAAAAUGAUGUCAGUAUUUUUGUCUAAAGUUGCUCUUGUGCAGCAAACGCUGGCUCAGAAGUAACGUUACCACAAAAUAUUCAGAACAAAACAGUAUGAAUCAAAUGGAUGAUGAAUCAGUUAGAUCACUCCCCUUAUUCAAAUCUCUGCAAGGGUUAUUUUGAAAAUGUCACAGACCAUCAGUCAUAAUUAUUACUCAUCUCCUGUUAUUAUGAGUGUGUUCAGUGUUCAGUGAGAGAGAUGCACAAAAGCUGCACAACUGUGUCAACUAACAUCUGUUUCAAUUUCAUCUCUACUACCAGAAAACUAUCUGUGCUUAGCUAAGUGUUUCCAAACCACAACCACAAACAUGCAUGACGUAAACUACCACUGUGUCCUAGAGGGAAAGCAUGCUACCUUCUUCGCCAUCACAUGUAUAACAAAGGUUCACCCUCGUAAGCUAGCUCAUCCAUGUCGGCGUCCCCAAACCCUCCCUCCCUCCUCCUCCUCACCAUCACUGUACUCCACGAGCCCAC